GGUGUGACUCGAUGGCAGAGCAGCUCGGAUGCGACUGCCAAGUGUCAUCCUCCUGCAGGCAGCACGACCUGAGCUCAUCGCAUCACCGCCCGACACUGACUGAAUCCCGCCCGGAGAGGAGGAGAAGAGGAGGAGGAGGAGGAGGAAGGGGAGAGCCUGUGUUUCCCCCCCCCGUCACAGUGAUCUGAACAGUGGGGAAGCUCAGAGUCGGGAUCCGCUACGUCAAACAGAUUAGUCAAAUAACCUCUCGGUGGUAGGACAUACCUCCCCUCCUAUAGGGCUUGCCUGGCUGCAUGCAUGGGCUGAGGAAGCGAGAGAUAGUCUGCGCUGACAAAUAGCCAGGAAGCCCUUGGCGAAAUACAGAAGUGCGCUACUUUUCUUUUUCUUUUUUGUUUUUUUUUGGCUGGGUGGGUGAGACUACUGUGGUGAUCCUCCAGAGCAGCCAGCGUCUCCUCUUUUUCUUCCUCCUUCCUCCCCCCUCCCCACCCUCCUCCACCUCCCCUUCGCCCUCCCACCCCCGGUGCGAAAUGGCGAAAGAAAACGGCGAGUCCAGCGAUGGAUCUUGGAAAAAGCAUGUCGAUGAUAUCAAGAAGAUAUUUGACUUCAAGGAAGUCCUUGGGACCGGUGCGUUUUCUGAAGUGGUGAUGGCUCGGGAGAAGGCCACAGGAAAGAUGGUCGCAAUCAAGUGCAUCCCGAAAAAAGCACUGAAGGGGAAGGAGACAAGCAUCGAAAAUGAAAUCGCCGUGCUUAGGAAGAUAAAGCAUGAGAAUAUCGUGGCUCUGGAGGACAUCUACGAGAGCUCAAACCACCUGUACCUCAUAAUGCAGCUGGUGUCUGGAGGUGAGCUGUUUGACCGAAUCGUAGAGAAAGGCUUCUACACAGAGAUGGAUGCCAGUCGGCUCAUUCGACAGGUUCUGGAUGCAGUCAACUAUCUGCACUCCAUGGGGAUAGUGCACAGAGACCUAAAGCCUGAGAACUUGCUGUACUUCAGUCCCCAUGAUGAAUCAAAGAUCAUGAUCAGUGACUUUGGCUUGUCAAAGAUGGAGGGAACAGGCGACGUGAUGGCCACCGCCUGUGGGACUCCAGGAUACGUGGCUCCUGAGGUUUUAGCUCAGAAGCCCUACAGUAAAGCUGUGGACUGCUGGUCUAUUGGGGUCAUCGCCUAUAUUCUGCUUUGCGGUUACCCUCCUUUCUAUGAUGAGAAUGAUUCAAAGCUCUUUGAGCAGAUUCUGAAGGCAGACUAUGAGUUUGAUGCUCCGUAUUGGGAUGACAUAUCGGACUCCGCCAAAGACUUCAUCAGCUGCCUAAUGGAGAAGGACCCAGAGAAGAGAUUCACAUGUGACCAGGCUCUUGAGCACCCUUGGAUUGCUGGAGACACGGCUCUCUGCAAGAACAUACAUGAGUCAGUCAGUCGACAGAUGCGGAAAAACUUUGCCAAAAGCAAAUGGAGGCAAGCCUUUAAUGCGACGGCUGUGAUCCGCCACAUGAGGCGCCUGCAGCUGGGCACCAGCUUUGGCAGCAGCAUUCACAGCACCAACUCCGUGUCCAACCCUCAGAGCCGUGUUCCAGCUAAGAGCCAGUCUGUGGACUGUGCCCCGCUCUCCCUGAAGGACUGUUCUCCAAUAGCUCCUUUGCCCCCUGCUGUUAAAGCAUACAAUCAGGACUCUGACGCCUCCUCUCCGGUACAAGAGGAACCAACGGUGGUGGCCGAGCCAUCGCGGCCACGACCCUCCACUGUCACGGUCAUCCACACUGGGACUAAAUGACGCCAGGUUCCGCGGGAGGUGAGCUGGGAGACCACAGAGCUUUGAGACGGGAUAAAACCAUCCCAGGCCUCGUGAUUCUAAGUCGUCGCCCAGUUUGCCCAUCCCGCAACCUCCCAUCUGUUUCUGCCAAACCACGGGAGGAAUUUGAGGAGCGUUAGCUCAGCUCCAUUUACCAUGGCUCAGCACGGCACCGCGCUGCUUCCCUCCCCACUGUCAUAGAGACCCGGAAGUACAGAGGGGAAGAUGAUCACCAGAAGUUGUUAUUGUGAAAGCCAUGUUCAGCCUGGAUCAUGGUUGUCUGCCAGACAAACAAGCAGCUGGUCUGGGAAGUGCCACACUAAGGGGAACUCUUUAUUGAAGCUGCUAUCAUUUGUGACAGUGAGCAUCUUGAGACAAGGAUGCUCCGCUGUAUGCCUUGUGUAAAUAUCCUGCCUGGAACUGUUGAGUGAAGUCAUGUUAUGCAAGUGAAAUAUAAGCUUCAAGCUGUGGUAAAUAAUUGUGGCAUCAUCUGCACUCUGAACUUCUUGUCGUUUUGACAGCUCUUGUUCAUUUGCUGUGGUAUUUGCUACAAUGGCUUGCAGGGUAAUAACUCCCAACAGUGUGACAGUGUGUGUUAUCUCUUUUGCUUUAAAGUGUGUGGACAUGAAAUAUGAGCAGGACGGUGCACUUCAAUCACGGCUGUGAUCGCUGAGAGGGCUGACUUUUGUAAGAACCACUUGCAGAAAUGUGUAAAUUUGUUAUUAGACUGGGACUGAAACAUUAUUGAAUUGAAUGAUAAAGAUGCAGUAUCUAAUAGUUGUUACUUUGUAAUUGCUGUUUUAUUUGAUUAAUGAAUUUUUGAUGUGACUGUGAAGUCCUCCUUGACCACAGGAGGGCAACCACGUGUUGUUGCUGUGUGACCAGUUCUCAGGGAUGUGCUCCAAUAUGAAGCUAACCAAACCCCUCUCAGAGUGAUCAGACACUGCUGAGGGUGAAAUAGUUGUAAGUAAAACUUCCAAAUACUGCAUAUUAUUCUAAUGUGCCAUUAGGAGACUUUGGCAAAUGUUUUCCUUCUUUAAAUCCAUUAUUAUUGACUGUAUGAGUGUAAUGUAACUCGUACCGAAUGGAUUGUUUCCCCUUUAAAAAUGAGUUAUAUUUGGAUUUAAAGAAAGUGUUUAUUAGUGAAGUGUGCGUUCAUGUCCGCAGUAGUAAAAAUGUAAAAUGACACAUGAAUGCAAAUGUGUCUCGAUUGCUCCCACUGCAGAAUCGUCAAAUCAGUAGCGUACAGUUCAGUAGUUGUAAUAUCGUGCUCUGCUUCCGCUCAUGCAGUGGCUGGUCUGAAAACAGCUCACUCACUCUAUGUUUAAUCACUGUGCUUUCAUACCAGCCUGUUGAAUUUAGCAGAAAGACUCUUUCUCCUUUCUCUCUCCCGCUCGCUCCCUAGAGACCUUCACACAGAGAAAAGAAGGGAUCUGGCUUUGUAUUUUCUCUGUGGUACCUCUCUGUUUAAUUUUCAAUCACGCAACCUGAAUGGGGCAAAAAAAAAAUAACACUCCACCAGAACAUGCCUGAUAUCGAGGCCAUCUUGAAUUAUCUAAACAUGUUGUGGUUAAUAUUGACUUUGAGCCUCUACUUACUGUAAAUACAAAUCUCAACAACACAGUUAGCUUGGGUCUUGAGUGUUUAUUUUGGCCUUCCCUAUAUUAUUUCCCCAAAAUACAUCAACAGAAAGCAAAGCAAAUUAAGCAUUUAAAGCCCCACAGUAUGCAUGUAUUACAUAUUAUUACAGAAAUGUGCUUUUGGAGUUGUAGAAAUUCAUGUAUUAAAAAAGAGGCUUGUUUGCA